CGAUCAUAACAGAAUACUAAAAGUAUUAGACGUAGGUAGUUAUCGAAAAAAAAAACAUGUAUUGGUUAAAAUAACAUAACAUUUUUAAAUUAAAUGUCGUCAAAUUUGAUUGGCGUACUUAUUCUAUAGCAAGACCCGGAAAUAUGUGUUAACAACAUAAUAUGUGGUAGAAUUGAUAACUAUAUAUGAAAAAUCCGAAUAAAUAAAUAUUAUGGAACAUCAAAAGACAUACACAGAAGAAAAUCCAUACCAGCGUGAUGUAUGUGAAAAAUUAUUUACUCAAAAUGUUACUUUAAAAGAACACCGUCGAUCUCACGCAGGAGAAAAGCCAUGCCAGUGUGAUGUGUGUGGCAAAUUGUUUACUAGAAAUAAUUAUCUAAGAGUACACCGCCGAAUUCACACAGGAGAAAAACCAUACCAGUGUGAUGUGUGUGGCAAAUCGUUUGCUUAUCGCAGUUAUGUGAUACUUCAUCUGCGAACGCACACGGGAGAGAAACCAUAUCGGUGUGAUGUAUGUGAAAAAUCAUUUUCUCGAAAUUUUACUUUAAAAGAACACCGUCGAACUCACACAGGAGAAAAGUCAUGCCAGUGUGAUGUGUGUGGCAAAUUGUUUACUAGAAAUAAUGAUCUAAGAGUACACCGCCAAAUUCACACAGGAGAAAAACCAUACCAGUGUGAUGUGUGUGGCAAAUCGUUUGCUUAUCGCAGUUAUGUGAUACUUCAUCUGCGAACGCACACGGGAGAGAAACCAUAUCGGUGUGAUGUAUGUGAAAAAUCAUUUUCUCAAAAUUUUACUUUAAAAGAACACCGUCGAACUCACACAGGAGAAAAGUCAUGCCAGUGUGAUGUGUGUGGCAAAUUGUUUACUAGAAAUAAUGAUCUAAGAGUACACCGCCAAAUUCACACAGGAGAAAAACCAUACCAGUGUGAUGUGUGUGGCAAAUCGUUUGCUUAUCGCAGUUAUGUGAUACUUCAUCUGCGAACGCACACGGGAGAGAAACCAUAUCGGUGUGAUGUAUGUGAAAAAUCAUUUGCUCAAAAUUUUACUUUAAAAGAACACCGUCGAACUCACACAGGAGAAAAGCCAUGCCAGUGUGAUGUGUGUGGCAAAUUGUUUACUAGAAAUAAUGAUCUAAGAGUACACCGCCAAAUUCACACAGGAGAAAAACCAUACCAGUGUGAUGUGUGUGGCAAAUUGUUUACUAGAAGUAAUGUUCUAGGAGUACACCGCCGAAUUCACACAGGAGAAAAACCUUAGCAGUGUGAUGUGUGUGGUAAAUCGUUUGCUAGUCUCAGAUGUGUGCUACUUCAUACAGAUAGAACUCACACGCGAGCAGUGGUGUAAUUAAGAAACUGUCUUGGGGGGAUAGGUUUUGUCUAAGUAUUUUUUUUUUUGUUUUAGAUUGGGGGCUGAACCCCCCUACCUAUUUUGCACUAUGGUAUACAUAAUUUCAGAAUUAAAAUAAAGAGAGAUAUCUACAUAUUAACACCA